AUGAUGUCGGGGUGGUUUGCUUCCUCCUCACAGCUCGAUGAGCAAAUCGACAAAGCCACAUCGAGCUCGCUGGAAGACAUUGCUGCAAACCUCGAGAUAUCCGACAGUAUACGAUCAAAAACGGUGGGAGCGAAGGAAGCAAUGCGCUCGUUGAAACGGCGCAUAGGCAACAAGAACCCCAACACGCAAUUAAGUGCUUUGAGCCUCACAGACACCUGUGUCAAAAAUGGCGGUUCCCAUUUCCUAGUGGAAAUAGCUUCGCGGGAGUUUAUGGAUAAUUUAGUGUCGCUGCUCAAGGCAUACGGAGGAGCUGCUGUGAACGAUGACGUCAAGAACAAGAUCCUCGACCUUAUACAGACUUGGGCGACAGCGACAGAGGGGCGUUACGAACUAUCGUACAUCGGGGAGACCUACAAAGGAUUACAGCGAGAGGGCUUCCAUUUUCCACCAAAGGUCGAUGUGGCUAGUAGCAUGGUAGAUAGUAGCGCUCCCCCAGAAUGGGCGGAUUCAGAUGUUUGUAUGCGAUGCCGUACCGCUUUCAGUUUUACGAAUCGAAAACACCACUGCAGGAACUGCGGCAAUGUAUUUGAUCAGCAAUGCUCUGCCAAGGUUCUUCCUCUGCCUCACCUUGGAAUUCUGCAACCUGUCAGGGUCGAUGAUGGAUGCUACAUAAAGUUAACGGACAAAUCGUCAAAAGGGGGCUCCUUUGGCAAGGAUCGCCCAUCGCAUUCGCACAAAUCUAAAUCGCACGCUCAUGGAUCUAUGCAGCCUCGAAAUGCGCGAGUGGACGAGGGAUUUGACGAGGACCUGAAGCGAGCUCUUGCAAUGAGUUUGGAUGAAGUCAACAACCAUUCCAGGGCCGGGUAUGUUCCACAGUCGCAACGCCAAUCAAUUUCGAAGCCAUCCAUUACGAAUGGCGCGUCGAAAUCAACGUCGAAUAAGCCAGUCGAGGAGGAUGAUAGUGACUUGGCAGCUGCUAUUGCGGCAUCUUUAGCGGAUAUGGAGGAGCAAAAGAAGAAACAUGCGGCAACUAUGAAGGCACAGACAUCAAAUGCGAACUCGAACUCAGCUAAAUUUAAUUUGCCCAAGAACGACUACGAGUUGACACCAGUGGAAGCCGAGAACAUCAACCUCUUCUCGACCCUAGUCGACAGACUCCAGACUCAACCACCAGGUACAAUCUUGCGAGAACCUCAAAUCCAGGAACUAUACCACAGUAUUGGUGCUCUUCGUCCGAAGCUUGCUAGAACUUACGGAGAAACCAUGAGCAAGCACGAUGCUCUCUUAGAUCUGCACGCCAAACUUUCAACCGUUGUGCGGUACUACGAUAACAUGUUAGAGAAGCGUUUAACGGACACGUACAGCCAGCAUACAAUCGGCGGAUAUGCUCGUCCUUCCGCAAGACCUACCUCAACCAUGUAUCCGACCUUGAACUCGAAUCCACCUCCAAUGGGAAUUUCUGGUGGCGCAGAGAGCUAUUACACUGGCAAUGCGCCUUCGGAAUCGUACGGACGACCACAAUCGACCUAUUCAUAUGCUUCGCCUGCGCAGCAGUAUAGUGCCGCACCAAGGGACGCUCAUCAAAAUCCGGGUUUUGCACCACCGACUCAGCAGCAGACUUCAUAUUCCCACCACCCACCACAGCCAAUAACUAGCCAACCAUCACAUCCGCAGAGGACAGCUAGCUGGCAAGCCAGCAACUCUUCAUCUGCGCCUUAUGCUUCCCAUCAGACGACAUAUGCGCCCGAAAAUGUAUCAGACCAUCAAACUACUCAAUUUACCAACGCCCCUUCGCAAACACCAUCCAAUUAUCCCCCGACUGCUCCUGCAAUAACCCCAUCGGCGGAUCCUAAUGCCGCAUUCUAUUAUGACAACAACGCACAUCAAGCUCCUCCCCAGCAAAUGCUCGCUGACUCGACGUUGCCACAGCAUCCUCAUGCCCAGUCGCCUCAACAGUAUCAUAAAGUUGCAGCACAGCCUCAGGUUUCUCAACAGUACGAACAAGCGCCGCCCAAUCCACAGCAACAAACCUCGCAACCAAAUCCACAAGCAUCGCAACAACCAGCGCAACACCAGCAGCAACAACAGCCACCUCAGUACUGGCAGCCACAGCAGAAUCAACAAUCAUGGGCACCACAGCCAACUAGCAAUGCCGGCUAUACCAACGAUUCAUUUCCUUCGGCGCCUCAUCAUGCUCUACAACAGCCACAGCUUGUGGAGGAAAGCCUUAUAGAAUUAUGA